AUGGCAUCAACAUCAGGGAAACCUUUAACAGCUUGUGAGCGAAAAUCAGAAAUGAGCCAAAUUGUUGACAACCAGGCGGCUGCAGCAGAAUCAUCAGAUCAUCAGGCGAGAAAGAAGACGAGAAUGGGAGAGCUAAAGAAUGCGACACUGCCGGAAGAUUUAAUCUAUACAGAAAUAUUCUCUCGGCUACCAGCAAAAUACAUUCUUCGAUGUCGCCUCGUUUGUAAGUCCUGGAAUUCUCUGUUAUCCACCCCUGCUUUCGUUAAUUCACACCUCACUUAUCAACUCCACAACAACUCUGAAGAAAGUGAUCGCAUUGUAAUAAGAAGAAUGUGUGGUUUUCACGAUCAAGUGGACAUUCUCUCUCACACCGGUUCGAUUCGUGUCCUAAAACCUCGCGCUCGCAACACCUUGUUGGGUUCAAUUAAUGGUUUAAUUGCAAUGGCUUCGAUGAGCGGAAGAAGAUUCUGUUUAUGGAACCCGGCGAUUGGGCAAGUUAAGUUGUUUAAUUUCCCCCCACUUGAUGAUCACUAUGCUCUAGGAUUUUGUUGGGAUCAUGUGCAGAAUGAUUACAAGGUCUUGAUGUUCUGCUAUGAUCCGAUGUUAUCUCCCGCUAGACGGAUUUGUAUUUACUCAACAAAUUCGGCUACUUGGGCUUCGUUGUGCAUCCCUCAAAAUCUCGUGUUGUCGCCGAUGCCAGCAUGUCCCUCUACCAUUGUCAAGGGAACCCCUUACUGGAGUACUUAUCCUAAAAAUCUGGCUUUCCGUGAACACAAGCGUAGCAUAUUGAAGUUUGUGCCUGAAAUCAAUGAGUUGAGGAUCCUUCCUGAUUUCGAUCCCCUCAAAUUUCGUGUCAACUAUUUCGAUAUAGCUAACAUCAAGGAUCGUCUUGUUGGAAUGGCGUAUAAAUUAAAUGAACACGGAGAGGCUAAUACUAUGGUGGAUAUGUAUUGUUUGGACGACGAGGAUUCCAAUAUCGGUGUUUGGAGUAAGAUGUAUAGUAUCGGACCUGUAUACUUGGACUUCUAUCAAUGGCCAUCACAGGCUUUUAGGAAUGGUGGUGAAAUAUUGAUCCGGAGACCAUCUGAUCCAUUUGCUUUCUACGAUCCCAAAACCAAAGAAAUUAAGAGUAUUGCUGGGACGACUAGCCCUAGCACUUCUUCUUUAAUAGAGUUGGGUAGACAGUGUUACAGUUAUACGCCUAGUCUGGUCCAUGUUCGAGGAAUGGAGUCCUUGCAGAAUUUUUCUACAAACCAGCCAGUUGCUUUCUUUGCCCGUAAUUUUCCCUAA